AUCGAAACGAUAGCUCUGGACUAGGUGCCGUCAUGCCGCGGAUUGUGUUGGAUUGAAAUGCAUGCUGGCGUCAGGAGGUUGAUAUUGAGUGGCAAAAGCCGGCUGAAAAAAGGUGGGUGAGGCUGUCCUUGAUUGGCACAUGUCCCAGUAUCAAGAGUGGGAUGAAAAGGGAAAAGGGCACAUGAGAAAAUUUAUUUUGGCUGUUGCUCUGCAGUUCCGUCACGGUCAUCAUUGGUUGCCUGCAACUAUAUGCCUCAUGGUGGUCUGCCGUCGACCUUGGCACUUGUGGUUGAGGAUCUUGACCAGCCUCUAUUCAGGACCCUUACUAUGCCAUGGAUCCCUAUGGGGUUAGGGUAGAUCGACAUGGCCCGCCAUAUUCACGAUGAGCAGUGGGGGCAUUUUGGGGGUUCUUUGGUGGUGGGACAAACUCUUGACUCGACGACGGGAUCGAGUGCGACUCUUGUCAAACGUAACAAAUGGCAUCGAGUAAAAGAAAAACGGGGACCGCGGUAGAAAAAGAGACGGGUUGCACUCGUCUGCAGCUGCUGCCGAGCAAAGUGUUUGGAGCACAAAAAGACAAAUCACAAUUAGAUAUUCGGCGGCUCCCAUUUGUCGGGCGCUCGUCGUUGUACGAGGAGGUAUUAUGCAGCGCGGGGCAGGGAGCCAAUCGGCUGGCAGCGAUAAGCUUACUUCUCGGCGGCGGCUCCUGUGGGUGGGAUCAUGCGAGGGGAAAGCUCCAGGGAAGCUUGCUCCCCUCUGCCCCUCGUUUGUCCUGAUGGUGGUCCUAUCUCGGGAACUCAGCCCCAGAUAUUGGAAUGCGACCGCGUCCAGUCCCAAAUGGGUGUCUGAAUGCGUUUCUUGGGCGUCUUUGUCAGAUAGAUUAUCAUGGCUCUCACCCCGCGAUCACCCGUGAACCACCUGCCACCCCCAGAUAACCGGCCUGGGCUCUUACCUUAUCUCGUCGCGAGCCAGCGCCGCCGCGUUUGAUUGCGCCGCUGUCCGUUAUCGGGUGCUGAAGCUUUAACCCCACGAUCCCCGCCAUCGCCACUGACAGACGAACCCUCCUUCAUAUGAAACCUCCCUUCUGCAGUCUCUAUUAAAAUCCCCAAACCUCCCCAGGGAACACCGUUGCGCCCUGUCCUUUCAGACUCUUCCAGAUUUCUGAAGUUUGAGCUCAGUCCUCCCACCGUGCCCUCACAUAAUCCGCAAUCAUGGCGACUACCGAGUCCUUCCUCUCCAAUGCCCAGAACCUCCAGAAGUUCCUGACUCUGGACCAAAGGGGGAAGGUCAUGGCCGAGUACAUCUGGAUUGAUGCUGAAGGUGGCACCCGUUCCAAGUCGAGAACACUCGACGAGAAGGAGGGCGGCUACACUCCGGAUGAUCUUCCCAUCUGGAACUUCGAUGGUUCCUCCACCGGCCAGGCCCCCGGCGACAACUCGGACGUCUACCUGAAGCCCGUAGCGGUUUUCCCCGAUCCGUUCCGUCUCGGCAACAACAUUCUCGUCCUUUCCGAGUGCAUCGACAACGAUGGCAACCCCAACAAGUACAACUUCCGUCAUGAGACCGCCAAGCUGAUGGAGGCUCACGCCGCUCACGAGCCCUGGUUCGGCCUUGAGCAAGAAUACACUCUCCUCGACCUCAACGACCGUCCCUAUGGCUGGCCCAAGAACGGUUUCCCCGCCCCUCAGGGUCCUUACUACUGUGGUGUGGGUGCCGGCAAGGUUGUGCAGCGUGACAUCGUCGAGGCUCACUACCGUGCCUGUCUGUACGCCGGUGUGAAGAUCUCUGGUACCAAUGCCGAGGUGAUGCCCGCCCAGUGGGAGUUCCAGGUCGGCCCCUGCCUCGGUAUCGAGAUGGGUGAUCACCUCUGGCUUGCCAGAUUCCUUCUGCACCGCAUUGCCGAGGAGUUCGGCGCCAAGGUCUCCGUCCACCCCAAGCCUAUUCCUGGCGACUGGAACGGUGCUGGUCUCCACUCCAACUUCUCUACCAAGGAGAUGCGUGAAGAGGGCGGCAUGAAGUACAUCGAGGCUGCUAUCGAGAAGCUCGGCAAGAGGCACCAAGAGCAUAUCGCCGUCUACGGCGAGGACAACGAGAAGCGUCUCACCGGCAGACACGAGACUGGUGCUAUCGAUCAGUUCUCGUAUGGUGUUGCCAACCGUGGCUGCUCUAUCCGUAUUCCAAGAGAAUGCGCCGCUAAGGGCUACGGCUACUUCGAGGAUCGUCGCCCAGCCUCCAACGCUGACCCUUACCAGAUUACUGGCAUCAUCAUGGAGACUUGCUUCGGUGCUGUAUAAACGCUGCAUAUCAACCUAUCAACGAUACCAUUUCGAUUUGACUGCCCACUUCACUGUACGGGAGGGAUAUUAUUAUUGGCGUUCGGGAUAUCAAGCUGAGGCUUUUCAUUUGAUCUUGCAGUCUUUUCGUUGUGGUUGAAGGUAGAAUGACUAGGUAGUAUGACAAUUUAGCGAUGAACAACCUUUCGUGUCCC